AUUUACUUAAGUCAAAAGUUUGCUUUUCCUACAUAUUAUACCGUAUGGAGCUGAACAUUUUUCUGCAAAACAGCCCACAACUUGGAAAUUAGCUGAGAUUAUGAUCGUAAUCGAUUCUUUACACUUCAUUCAAUUAUAAUCAACUAUUGCAGCCCUCUCAAAUAAUGGUUGGAGGGCGCAUGAGGGGGAAAGGCCCGCAGGCCAAAGACGCGUCCCCGACGCGUCCCCAGCAGGCGGACCACCCACGACCCAACACCCGCAACGGAGUGGGAGAACAAAAUGGACGGAUGGAUGAGGGGCGGAUGCUCCAAAUUAUGGAAAACCAUAUAAAACUCGCGUUGGAGAGCUGCCGUGGAUGGGCUGGGGCGGGGUCGCUCCGUGGAGUUCUUGAGGCUCACCUAACGCCCGUUCUCCGGCUCAUUCCGGAGCUGGCACAGAGAAAGAGUAUGGAAAAGGCGCAGGCGGGAACACCCGCCAGGGACCCAGCGAUGGGUCAAAUAUUGGAGCGUCUUGGACGUAUUGAAGCUGGAAUCGCGAAAGACCGCGGUCGCCCAGCCGCGGCCCCAACCACCGAGACACGAACCUGGAGUGAGAUCGCCGCAGGGGGAAAGACCAAGGCGGUCGUUGAAGUGCGCCUCUCUGAAAUGGCAGGAGCCGUAGAAGAGACGACGGAAGAGAAACUACAGAGAAUCAAGAAGGUAAUCCCAGACGCGAAAGCGAUCAUCCCCCACCACCGGGCAGCCGGUAAGGUGUCGGUCGUGGUUCCCACCACUACCCGACGGGACCAGAUCAUCGCUACUGGAAUCGCUGGGGAUGACGGCAUCAAACUGAUCCGUCGCCCGAAGCUACUUAUGGUAAUGGGCAUCCCGAUUCACACACAGAUCACAACCGGUGAAAGUGAGGGGAACACCGAAUGGGCGAGACAGAUGUCGAACCAAAACGCUGUCAAAAUUGAACGAAUCUCCU